GCUCCCAACUAAGCAAUCAGAAGCUGAAAUGAAGUUGGUCUCGCAAGUCGCAAUAUGGAGCUUUUGAACCAAACGAAUCCCGUACCUUAUCGCUAAAACUUCAGCUAGAGAAGAAUCAAAAGAAAUAUCCUUAGGAUUUACAGCCUCCGCCUUCAAAAUUCCGACGGAAUCGCGAAGAACAGCAGUUACCUCAGCUGAAGAACGGCCCCCCUUUCUUUCACCGUCGAAUCGAAGUAGUUGGUUAAGCCUGAAUUUGGAGUGAAAUUUUCUCCAAUCACCGGAUUAUCCCACAACUUCCGAACAAUCUUAGCGCUUCCAGAUUUAAACAGAAUGUGAUUACAAGAUUCAGAAGCAGCGGAGCAAACAGGAGAAAAGGUAUCAAUCGAGAGUAUCUGUGGAUAAACUAUGGAAUCUCCAUUACUGCGCCAUCGUGAAUCAGUGGACAGGUGGUGUUGUAGAGGAGUGAUUUUCAUUCCCCUCGGAAUACUUGCCCUCACAGUUGUUGGUCAUAUCCUUGGAGGUUCCAUAAAUGGUUCAGUAUUUAAUGAGGAAAACAAGCACUCUGAUGGGAUACAUAUCAAUAAUUCUGAAACUGUUGAGUCAGAGAAGGGAGUUGUUGCUGCUGAUGAUGGCCGUUGCUCUGAGAUUGGAGCGUCGAUGCUUAGGCAGGGAGGGCAUGCUGUUGAUGCUGCAGUUGCAACUGCAUUGUGCCUUGGUGUGGUGUGUUCGAUGUGGAGCGGGAUAGGAGGCGGAGGUUUUAUGGUCGUGCGAUCUGCCUCAACUUUGCAAACCAUAGCUAUUGAUUUUCGGGAGACUGCACCCUUGGCUGCAUCUCAGGAUAUGUAUGAAUCCAAUGUGACAGCCAAAGAUAUUGGGCCACUAUCAAUUGCAGUCCCUGGAGAGAUAGCUGGCCUUCAUGAAGCUUGGCUAAGAUAUGGUCGUUUGGCUUGGAGGUCCUUAUUUGAACCUGCUAUAAAGCUUGCCAAGGAUGGAUUUAUGAUUUCUCCUUAUUUAGGAAAGUCCUUAGUUUCCUCUGCCAAGAUGAUCCUACAUGAUCCUGGGUUGAGACAAGUUUUUGCACCAAAUGGUGACAUAUUACAAGUAGGCGACACUUGCUACAAUGUCGAACUAGGCAAGAGUUUAGAGGCCGUGGCAAAUCAAGGGCCACAAGCCUUCUAUAAUGGAGUCGUCGGAGAGAAGUUAGUGAAGGAUGUGAGAGCAGUUGGUGGCAUUUUAUCCAUGGAGGAUUUAAGGAACUACACAGUUGAAAUAACAGAAGCAAUGACCACUGAGACGAUGGGCUACACAGUGCAUGGCAUGCCACCUCCUUCAAGUGGAACAGUUGGACUUGCAAUGGUAAUGAACAUCUUUAAGAGCUAUAAUGAUCCUGAUGCCACUAAAGGAAACAUUGGCCUGCAUCGCCUAAUCGAAGCAUUGAAGCACAUGUAUGCUGAACGAAUGAACUUGGGCGAUCCUCGGUUUUCCAACAUUAACAACGUUGUCUCCAACAUGCUCAGCCCAUCAUUUGCAAAGAAAGUUCAGGAAAAGAUAGUUGACAAUACUACUUUCCCUCCAGAUUACUAUCUAUAUAGGUGGAGUCAGCUAAGAGAUCAUGGAACCAGUCACUUUUGCAUUGUGGAUGCAGAGAGAAAUGCUGUAUCAUUGACAACAACUGUAAAUGGGCGCUUAGGAGCUGGCAUUCUCUCACCCUCUACUGGUAUCGUUCUCAAUAAUGAGAUGGGGGAUUUUUCUAUACCCACUGACAUAUCUCCAGAUAAACUCCCUCCUGCUCCAGCAAAUUUUAUCCAACCAAACAAGAGGCCCCUCUCUUCCAUGACUCCUAUUAUUGUCACAAAGGAUGACCGGUUGAUUGCGGUAAUUGGAGGUAGUGGAGGUAUGAAGAUACUUCCAGCAGUAAUUCAGGUUUUCCUUAACUAUUUUUCACUGGGAUUUCAACCUUUUCCAGCAGUUGAAAGGUCAAGGGUGUAUCAUCAGUUGAUUCCAAAUGUAGUUAAAUAUGAAAAUUUGACAUGCAUAAAUGGCGAUCACGUCGUAUUUUCAGCCAAAGAGAAGCAAUUCUUGGAAGAUAGGGGUCAUCAAGUUGUAGCUAUGGAUACAGCAGGAGCCAUUGUUCAGUUUGUAGUUCAAAACUUCAAAGACGUCGUUGACACAGGUCGAAAAGGUGGAAAGAUAUCCAAUAACCGAAAACAUUUUGGUCUUCUUACAGCUGUCUGCGACCCAAGAAAGAACGGAAAUCCCGCAGUCGUUUAGGAUAUGUUGGAAAUGACUUUCAAAGUGUUUUGUUAAACAUUUCGAAAGUUGUUUUAAAUGGGCUCAUAGUUUACUAGAUGGGAAAGAAAGAAACGUUUUUUUUUUCUUUCUUUGCUCUUUUUGGCAUUGAUUCCCAUCUCCCUUUUCAAGAUACGUAGCCUCCUUUUUGGUACAUUGACUUAGUUCGACCACGGAAAUGUUUCUAGUUCACACAAUAAUAGAAGCAUUGGGGUGUUCUUAAGUUGGGCAUAACUCUCUCUUGUUGGCUGAAUGAAUGAUCAGUUUUCUUGAGUUUUUAA